UUUUUUGUUUUCGGUUUUGUCUUAAGUAUUCUCGACUUUGUUACCGCUUAGUAAGUUUUCUUCUCAUGUAAAUUUAACAUUCUAUUGUCUUGGUUUGUUUUUUUUUUCUUCAAAACUUGGUUUGGUAUGCUUGGCUUGUUAAGGGCGUAGUGUCCUCAACGCCCUCAGCUUUAUUCAUUUCGAUAGAUCUAGUUUUCCCCACAUUUUCUAUUUUUUCAACUUAGCGGCUUUUUGGAUUGUAUUGCAAGUGGUUCGAAACUCCGCUUCUCCUCUGUAUCUCAAAAUUGUUCUCAAAAUUCCCAUUCGAGGUAAUGGGUCUUCAAACUUGAGUUUUGGAAAUUCAAAAAGCGGAUUGAAGUUCAAUUGCGGUUGGUAAAAAUUUUCUGACUGUCAUUAGCAGUACCAUGACUCAUUUUACUUCACCUGAUUGUUUUCCUUUGACAAGCUAUCGGUAAAGUGUCUAUUUGUAAUGGCAUCCUGUUCGUUUCUGAGGAUAAUUUGGUGUAAUAGUCCAAAAUCAUCAAUCUUACCAGUUUUCAUUUGUUAUAUAGCACAAUCUCUUGUCCGCAACGCCCUUAAUGCUUACUUGGGGGUGUCAUGUUGCACAUUGAUAUAAUUAAUUGAUCUUAUCGAUCAGAUGUCAUUCAUCACAUAGUUAUUUUGGUAGCCAGAAAUCCAUAAGUUGCAAGGCAUCCAGUUUUAUAUUUUAAGCGUCCAUUCUACUAAUUCUCAUCUUUUGCUUAGCAAAAUCGAGACACUUCAUUUAUUCCCGAUAUUAGCGGAUAUUAACUGAAAUGAUGUCGUCUAACUUCAAAGCUAUGAAGAAAACGCUUGCUAAACAAUUUCGAGAUGAGAGUCAAGAUUAUUCAGCCGCAAAUACAUUGCCAAAGAGCUUGAAGCAUAGAUAUACGAAACCAAUAGACAACAGUUUCGGACAAAGUUUCAUCGACACUGAUUCAAUUACUGAUGCUAAACAAGAGAACCUCCUGAAAAUCCUCUCUCGUUUCAACUCUGAUAUGUGCAUUAAAGAACUAGACGUUCGUCUACACAGUUGCAAGCUUGCUCUGGAACUUAUCGAACAGCAGAAAGUUUUUGUAGACGAUUUACUUCUGACGCUCAAAGAGCAACGAAUCAAAGCUGGAUUGUUGAAAGUUAAACAGAAUCAAUUGGAGAGUUUGAAGUAUUAUAAUACUUUUCCGGAAGAUAAUAAAUUAGCAGUGAAGUUGUACGACUUCUACAAAACAGAUCUGAAGAUUCUGGAGUCCGAGGAGUUGCGAUCGAAAGGGUUCCUUGCCUUGGUUAGGGAAUCAAGGUAUCUCUCAGCGCGUUUCGUCGACAUCGGCUCCAAUGAGUUCUGUGGGAAUUCGGCGAGGUUGUUUCUGAGAAUCGAUGACGUCACGUGUUUGAAUGAGGGCGUGGUGAAAGUUUCUGAAGAUGUGAAGCUAUGGGGUUGCAUGUGGAAUUUCGGGGUGCAGCUGAAUAAAGCUAUAACCCUGAAGCACCGAGCUCUCGCUGUUCUCCGUCACGGCAGUGGAACAUUUCUUAGUUGCUCGCUCUACUGUAAACCCCCGAAAAUCAACUCACAAUUCCGUUACUGCAAUACAACACUAAUUGCAAAAUUCUCUCUGCUCAAUAAACAGGAACCCGAAAAAAGCAUUGAAAGACUAGUGGAAAGUGGGUUUGAAGCAACAAAGCCGAACAGCUGGACAGCCGACGACUUAAUCCAGUGGGAGGUUUUGAGGACUGAGUGGAAAUCAUGGACUGCGGGAGGUACUUUGCUGCUCGAGUGUAACUUCCAAUUGAAACAAGACAAGUUCAUGAAGUUUGACGAAAGCUGAAAUACCGGGAUUUUGACGAUCGUUCUUGAUGACCUGUCCACCAUGUAUAACUUCGUUAAAUUUUUUAUAUAAUUAGUUUUGAGUAAUUGAAGAAUUUUUUAUUCGACGUGGGUUUUAAUUUAUGCGUGUUUAUGUUGCUACCCUCAUAUGAAUUC